UGUGAAUUUCACAUAUUCCUUUGCUUGUUGGCGCGGUUUUCGUUAAAAUAUACGUUGGGGGAUCGAGAUGCCAAGUAGUAAUGAGGUUUCUGGUAGUGUUCGACAACAAAAUACUUUAUUUGCUCGUUUAAAGUCUGACUAUGUCAAUACUGCUAUGUACUUUGCUCGUUUGGGAACGCUGUUCUGCUGUGUCGUAUUCUUCUUUGCGCCAAUUUUUUCCCGUUUGCACCCAUCAGAUCUGGAGGUUUGGUAUCGAAGAGCAUUGUUAGCAAGUGCGGCGACUUCAGCCCUACGUCUACAUCAACGAAUAAAAAGUUUGAAUACAGGUUUCUCUCGAGAAGUCCUAGAGGUCUUAAUCUCUGAGGAUUCUUCUCACUACUUGCUGUUUUCCAUUAUGUUUGCUGUAUUACCACCAGUUACAGUUUCCUUGGUGCCGAUCUUCUUAUUCGCCCUCUUACAUGCGGCCAGCUUCACGAGGGUUCUUUUAAAUACAUCUGUUUCUCUGAAUAACGGCGGAACGAGUGAUGGUUCGGAUGCUCCAGUUGCUUCAUCGAAUAUGUCAUGUAUACAUCAAAUAAUACAAAAAUCAAUUGAUAAAGUGAAAGCACAUGACCAAAAUAUCUUACGUAUCAUUGCCUUAAAUGAAAUCAUGUUGAUGGUAAUCUGUAUAUUUAUGGCUGUUUCUGGACCUAGAAUUUUUGUCCUCCCCUUUAUUUAUUAUCCGUUCUUGAAAAUGCGUUAUAAUUCAAGGCGUAAUCCUUAUACUCGUAACGCAUUUUUGGAACUGCGUAUAGCACUUCAGAAUGUAGCCUAUCAUUCUAAGUGUCCAGCACUUAUUUCGCGUAUAAUUUAUGGUCUCAUCAAUAUUAUAUCUCGUUUGGGAACAGGUGGUUACGCUAGAAAUUAGAUUGGGAUCCACCUGCUGGUGUUUUUUUCUGUUUUUCGUCGUUCAUUUGUUACGUUGUGACUGGAUUAUUUUGGUCAUUCAAUAUCAACAUCGAUCAGCUACCACUUGAAGAAAAUAUUCAAAUGAGUUCGUCUUCACUUCAUUUUUAUAAUCUACUUGUAUUUCAUCAUUCAUUUUACUACUUAUUUGUCCUUGCUAUCCUCAACAAAAAGUAACUUUGACAAUUGAUAUAUAUAAUUUUUGUGUAGUUUCACAAUCUAAUAUAUACGAUAUUGUUCUCACUUGUUGUGAUUGGUGUGCCAUUUGGAUCGUUUACUGAACAUUAUAUCUGUAAAUUUACAUAUUAUACUUUUUACUGCAACUUUCUAAGUAAUACUCAGUGGUUUUUGUUGUAAUUUAAAGGAACCUAUUUCAGAAUUCUAGGUCAUUUCAUUUCUCAUGCUUAUGUUAAACUCUGGUCUCAUUCUUUUCAACAAUCUCUUCACUCGUUCUCUACUCGAUUCAUUUUAUCGAAUGGCGGUUUUUUUCCUACGGAUAUCAGUUACAGUCGAAAUGAUUUAGUCGUCAAAUUGUUAUCGUGUCAUUCAAAUUCAUUUUGUAAAAAUAUGCGUUUUGACUGAGCUGUUUGCUUUUUAGAUGUUUCUAGUAUACUGAUAGCCUGUUUAGUUUUUAUUCAUCUCUUCCAACGUAGUUGGGUUUGAAAAUAAUACUGAAUUACAUUUACCAGUUUCUACUUUUAACAUUGGUAACGUUAUCUAGU